UAAAACAUAAAAAGUUUCUACACAAUAAAUUUUUUACACAAGAAAGUAAUGUUUCCGAUUCGUUUAUGUAAAUAAAUUAUGUUUCAAGCAUUCAGGACAUGUUUUUUCAGAUGUGUAUACGAUAAUAGUUUUGACUACGUGUAAGUUGAACACCGGUGAUAGAGGUUAACUUUUAAAGUUUGUAGUUUCAACUAUCUAUUUUGUUAUGAUUUAAGUGAACAUCAUCAUAAUAAUGAAAAAACUGUUAUUUAAAUUAGGCCCAAUUUUUUGUUUACUUUUGAAUAUAAACAUAUAUUUUCGUGACAUUCUUGCAGAUACAGUAGCAAGCACAAAUGAGUUUCUAACUAUGGACGGACCAUACUUUGAUGAUAUUAGUCCACGAAACGUUACAGCCGUUGCCGACGACACAGUUGUAUUGAGGUGUAAGGUUAAAAAUAAAGGCAAUAAUACGGUAUCAUGGAUGCGUAAGCGUGAUCUGCGCAUAUUAACUUCAAAUCUUGUACCGAGGUUGAGAAGUCUGCAGAGAAGAAGAGAAACAAUAAUGAGUUCUAAGUUCGAUCUAAAGAAAAAAGUGUAA